UUUGUUCUGGGUAUUUUGAAAUAAAGCCAGACAACACAUUCAAUUCGAAGGCCGGAGUUUGACAAAAUUGCUACGGAUAAAAUAAUUAAAUCAAGGUGCGAGCCCCCUCUCUCCAUUAGAGACAGAUAAUUUUGCUGAUUUCUCCACGAUUGUAGUGUUUGGUGAGUGAGAAUCGUCGUUUUCCCUCUUCUGAGAGUCCACUUGCAAGGCCCAACCUCUGUUUCAUUUGGCUGGGUGGGUUAAAAGCUCUGUUUCCACGCCUGCAACUCUGCUUUGCUAAGUGGCUAUUGAUUCUCUCUCUCUCUCUACAUGUCCAUGAUGCUCAGAAUGGCUCUCCGGUCCUGCCAUCUGUCUCCCUUCAUGCGACUGUGCAGGAUGAGCACAGAAGCAUCAAAGGUUUCUUCUCGGCUCAGCAGUCUUGGUUUGUUACGAACUCAAGGCCUUAUAGGAGGAAAAUGGAGUGAUGCCCAUGACAGAAAGACCUUAAAGGUAGAAAACCCAGCGACUGGGGAACUGAUUGCAGACAUCCCAUUUAUGGGAAGGAAGGAGACAACUGAUGCUAUUUCAGCUGCAUAUAACGCAUUCCAUUCAUGGAGCAAGCUUACUGGGAGUGAGAGAAGCAAAAUACUCCGAAAAUGGUAUGAUUUACUUAUUUCCCACAAGGAAGAUUUGGGGCAGCUUAUUACACUUGAACAAGGAAAGCCUUUACAGGAGGCUAAUGGGGAGGUUGGUUAUGGGGCUGCCUUUAUUGAGUUUUAUGCCGAAGAGGCGAAGAGGAUAUAUGGGGAUAUUAUUCCUCCUACAUCAGCCGAUCGACGCUUGUUUGUUUUGAAGCAGCCUGUAGGUGUGGUUGGAGCAAUUACCCCCUGGAAUUUUCCUUUUGCCAUGAUCACACGGAAGGUUGGUCCUGCUCUUGCCUGUGGCUGUACAGUGGUUGUUAAACCAUCUGAGCUUACACCCUUAACAGCUUUAGCAGCUGCUGAGCUUGGUCUUCAAGCUGGAAUUCCACCAGGUGUGUUGAAUGUUGUGAUGGGCAAUGCUCCUGAGAUUGGAGAUACCCUACUCGCUAGUUCGCAGGUACGGAAGAUUACAUUUACUGGAUCAACCGCUGUUGGUAAGAAAUUAAUGGCUGGUGCUGCUAGCACAGUUAAAAAGGUGUCCUUGGAGUUGGGUGGAAAUGCGCCUGUUAUUGUUUUCGAUGAUGCGGAACUUGAUGUGGCAGUGAAGGGGGCGGUCAGUUCAAGCUCAAGCAUGAUCUCUUUUACAAUUAUUGCAGCUAAAUUUCGUAACAGUGGCCAAACUUGUGUAUGUGCGAACAGGAUAUUAGUGCAAGAAGGUAUAUAUGACCAAUUUGCAAAUGCUUUUGCAAAGGGUGUUGAACAACUGCAAGUUGGCAACGGAUUUGCAGAAGGUGUGGCCCAGGGUCCAUUAAUCAAUCAAGCUGCUGUCGAAAAGGUGGAGUCACAUAUUCAUGAUGCUCUCUCAAAGGGAGCCAAUGUGAUUGUUGGGGGCAAAAGGCAUAGUCUUGGUCUGACAUUCUAUGAACCUACUGUAAUUGGCAACGUAAAUACUGAAAUGAAGAUUUCCAGGGAAGAAGUUUUUGGACCUGUUGCACCUCUUUUUCGAUUUAGAACUGAGCAGGAAGCAAUCGAAAUUGCUAACAACACAAAUGCUGGACUAGCUGCAUAUCUAUAUACAACAAAUAUAUCACGUCUAUGGCGUGUGUCAGAAGCCCUUGAAUAUGGAAUUGUUUCUGCAAACGAAGGACUAUUUUCUACUGAGGUUGCUCCAUUUGGGGGAUUCAAGGAGUCAGGCCUUGGGCGUGAAGGCUCCAAGUAUGGAGUUGAUGAGUAUCUGGAAAUGAAAUAUCUAUGCUUGGGAAACCUGAAAAGUGCUUGACCAUGCGCUGAUCUCCAAUGAGUGGCAUGUUCAUAUUUGUUCCUCUUUGAUGCAAGGAAAGUGAAUGACAGAGGGCUAAACGGCAGGCAACCAUCAAAGGCUAUCAGCUACUGGACUCUUGUUUUUGCGAAAGAACUAGUUUUUUCUUAUAUUCUAGUCAAUGCACUUUGGGAUAUAGUAAUAAUAUAAUUAUCAUAGAAAUAACAAUUACAACAAUAAUGAAAGAAAAUGUUUUCUCCCAACAAUGGAGAAAUGCCUUUUGUGCAAUAUUACGAGAGCAGUAGACUGUUUUCACGA